AUGUCUUCAGAAAAGCCAAACGCUUCAGGAUUAAAGGCUGAGCUGAGCCGCAGCUUGCCCACACGAUCGCCUACAGAGGAUGAGAAGCCGGUGCUGCAAGCCUUGCGAGAUGUGGGUGCGAGUGCAGGAGUAUGGGUACAGUAGAAGCCUGCUAACCCCUGCCAUCCGUAUCGCAUCCGCCCCACUCACAGCUCUACAGUUGCGAUCCGCGCAGCUCCUCGUACGCUCAGUACAGCGAGUCUGCCACAUUUCACGAUCCAGUCAGCAUAGCGUCUGGCCUGCCCAAGAUCAGAGCGCAAUUCAACGCCCUCGUCGCUCUCUUUCCGCGUUCCAGCAUUGACAAGUUCAACGUGCUGGACACCAGCGCAGCUAGCAUCACCGUCAAGCGUGGUCUGCUCCUCGUCGAUCAGGAUGUGACGUAUUAUCGAUCGAAAGAGCAUGGAGCUGAGCCGUUCAAGACGAUGAACAGUCUGCUGACCAUUGAGCGCGAUGCGCAAGGCCGCAUCACGAGACACACGGAGGAGUGGAAUCACAAUGCGGUCACAGAUUCGGACAAUUCGGGCUUCGGAGGUGUGCUCAACGAGGCGAGGAAGAAGGCGUUUGCGGCCAUCAGCAUGCCUUUUGUCGAUCAGACACCGCCGGCGGAGAGAAAAUGA